AUUAUAUCACACCUUAAAUUUCAAAUCUCACUCUUCAGAAGUCAGUCUCCAGUUCCGCGUUCAAGAUGACAAGUGCCCAAGAAACCGUUUCCCCGUCUGAGAAACACAUCCAAGAAAAAUCUACGGAUUAUGAAAGCCUUUUCAAUAACCCUCUUUGGACUACUAAUCCCGACUUGACCCAGCCAACGUCAGAAAUCAAGUUUGCCAUUAGAUAUCACGAGACGGUUAAACCGGAAGAGCAGUACGGCAGCAAAAAAGCCUUCUUCAAACACGGCUCACAUGUGGAAGAAAAAGAGUUCAAGCAUUCUCAGGAAUGUAACUGCAUUGGUGGAUGGGCGGAGCCGCCUUAUGAAAGUCCUUGGUGUAAAAUCAUUGACGAGAGAGUUGAUGAUUCUAACAAACAUGCACCUGAAGAAAUUGAGGCUAAGGCCGAAAAGAAAAGGGAAAAAGAGCCUAGUGAGUUUAAUAAGAAUAUGCUCCAUGGGUUGGGAAGGUAUCGCCCAUAUCAACACCAUACAACUUUUUCAUGUUACUUGUCACUGAUUGACUAUAGCUCGAUGUUGAAGCCCUUUCGCCGAUUGACCAAGACGGUUCGGAACUAAUUCAUAAUCUCGAAUACGCAACCCUG